CACUUAACGACCAAAUGAGUCACAAAGAAGUUGUGGCCAACAGUAGGAACGUUUCAUGCUCGUAACAUAAACGGAACUCCUUCGUGCGUGAAAAGUAACGUUGUCUUAUUCCUGCGUUAUUCGUUCGGGUUCCCAAGAACACACAAAAAGAUGUCGUGCGCGCUGCUCGGCCCGUCCGGGGUUCGGGUCCCUCUGGAGGACGGACGAGCGGUGAUUCUGGGCCGGGGUCCGGACACCGGAGUCGCCGACAAGCAAUGUUCCCGGCACCAGGUGAAGGUGGUGGCUCGCUAUGCAGACCAGGAUGUUGUUGUGACUCAGCUGGGUCCCAAUCCCAGUUUUCUGGACGGUGAGAAGCUGAGCCGCAGCCAGUCCGGUAAACUCACCCAUGGAGGCACCCUCUUCCUGGUUAACCAGAGCCACCCGUUCAAACUGCACUACGGCCCCAAAUCAAACGGAGCGGCCUCCGGCGGCGCUCGGAAAGGCCUCAAAGCCGCCGAUAAGACGACAAGAGGCAGAGACGGCAAAGAAAAAGAGCCGCAGUCCAGUCGGGUUCCCAAGCGCAGUUUAAAGGAUUUCUUCCCCACCUCUCCCAUGAAGUCAUCUAAAAGACAGCUGAGUCCGGAGAGAGGACACCCUGAGGUGAAGCGUCAAAGGCUGGACGACGGAGCCACAGGUGGACGAAUGAAGCAAGAGGAGGAGGAGGAGGAGGAGGAAGAGGAGAGAAUGGCGGAGGAAAAGUUGAAGCAGCUGCAGAAGCUGGCGGAGGAGUCUUUGACAGAGAGGAGCAACGGCCCCCGACCUUCAUCCUUCUCCUCCUCGAACGCGUGUCUGAGGGGCAGCUGGCAGCAGGUCGGCGGUCUGAUGCUUUACACGGCCGCCGGCGUCAGAGCGAGCGAGAAGAUCGCUGGCUUCGACAUUGACGGCUGCAUCAUCACCACCAAGUCCGGGAAAGUCUUCCCCACUGCGCCCGAUGACUGGAAGAUUCUGUACCACGAGAUUCAGCCCAGACUGGCCAGCUUGCUCAAGAGAGGAUACAAGGUGGUGUUCUUCACCAACCAGAUGGGCAUCGCCAGAGGCAAACUGAAGCCGGAGGUCUUCAGGUCCAAAGUGGAGGAGAUCCUGGCCAAGCUGCAGCUGCCGGUGCAGGUGUUCGUGUCAACCAGUCCGGGAAUCUACCGGAAACCGGUGACGGGAAUGUGGGAUCACUUGUGUGAGAAGGCGAAUGAUGGCGUGACCAUUGACAAGACGCAGACUUUCUAUGUCGGAGAUGCUGCCGGCAGGCCGGAAAACUGGGCUCCAGGAAGAAAGAAGAAGGAUUUCUCCUGCAGUGACAGACUGUUUGCUCUGAACAUUGGACUACAGUUCCACACCCCAGAGGAGUACUUCCUGGGCUGGAAGAGCGCCCCCUACAGCCUGCCUCACUUUGACCCCAGGAAGCUCGACUCCGCCUGCAGGCAGUACGACCCCCCGUCGGCCUCGCUCACCUCCAGCAGCACCGAGGUCCUGGUUGCCGUGGGUUACCCUGCAUCUGGUAAAUCCACCUUCUUCCACACGCACGUCAUUCCCAAAGGCUACGUGUACGUCAACAGGGACACACUCGGCUCGUGGCAGAGCUGCGUUUCAGCAUGUGAGCGCGCCGUGAAAGAAGGCCGCAGCGUCGCCGUGGACAACACGAACCCGGACGCAGAGUCUCGCAAACGAUAUGUGGACGUUGCAAAGGCAGCAGGGGUGCAGUGCCGCUGCUUCCACUUCUCGGCCUCUCUGGAGCGAGCCAAGCACAACAACAGAUUCCGGGAGAUGGUUCCGUCAGACGUCAAGCACGCCAAGGUCAAUGACAUGAUUUUCCACAGCUACAAGAAACACUUUGUGGCUCCUGCUCUCGAUGAGGGAUUCUCCGAGAUCCUCCAGAUCCACUUUGUCCCGAACUUCAAGGACAGCCAAUCAGAAACCUUGUACCGGCAGUUUUCUGAGGGCUGAUGGUCGUUUCACUUUCAAAUUCAAAAAUCCGACUGAUGAGCAGCAGUGAUGGAAAAUACACACACACAAGUUUGUUUCAGCUUAUGGUAACUGGACCUGCUUUAAAGUAAUUUCCAUUAUUUAUACCUCAUUUAUUCAUGUUGAUUUGACAAAGAAUCCAGCUCAGGGAACUUUUGUCGGAUGAUAAAAACCUUCCAAACUUUUACAAGUGAAAAAAAAUCAGUGUUAUUCCUUUCUACAAUAAAGUUUUAGAACACA